AUGAAGCGAGAAAGGGAUAGCCCUGAAAAGAUUCCAAUUAUAAUUAAUAAAGAUCCAGAAUUCUUCGAAGUCUUUCUUCCUGAUCGUAUCUCACACCAACUGCGUGUACCUCCGGAUUUUGUCAAGAAUUUUGAUGGGAAAAUACCUGAAGCAGUUAUAGUUAAAGAUCUAUCGGGGAGAGUGUGGCAUGUAGAUAUAAAACAAGAGAAAAAUGGUGUUUUUUUCAAGAAUGGUUGGAACAAAAUUGUGAAUGAAAAGGGUUUAGAGUUUGGCCAAUUUUUGGUGUUUAGAUACACAAGAGUAUCGAAAUCGUUCACUGUUCGAAUCUUUGGCAAAGAUGCAUGUAAGGUUGAAGAACAAGAUUACACAAAACCGUUUAUUCGUGUGAAAGAUGAAUUCGAAUCGGAUCCAGUAGAUUUAAAGCCGGUUCCCAAAGUUAGAAGAAACUCCAGAAAAGCAUGUUAG